AUGCAUCAACGGCAAGACGUAGACGCGCUUCUCAGCAACUACCGCAGCCAGAUAGAAUUCCUCCAACAGAAAGUCUCAGACAUAUUGCCUAAGACAAAAGAGUUCGACGAGAUAUUCAUCUUGCGUUAUGUUUUGUCAUACGUUGACAGAGAGGGGCUCACAGCUGCGGAGAAAGCCAUCAGAGAGAGAAUUAAGUUUAGAAAGGAGAACGAUGCAUGCAUCCAAGAGAUCAUCAGCACCAAGGUUAUGCCGAAUGUUGAGAAACUCGAUGAAUUCAAGAUCUCGCACAUUGGAGACCUUGACGGCAAAGAACCACUGAUCUACUUUCGGAUCGGUCACUUCAAUUCAAAGGGGAUCAUGAAUAUUUACACACAUGAGCAAGUUGUCAACUACAUAAGCCUUGGCCGAGAAUUCUUGUUCCAAUUGUGUGAUGCAAGGACAAGGCAAACAAGAAAGCUGAUCAAGAUAAUUGCGAUCUUAGACUUUGACAACUUCUCCAUUUUUCGGAGGGAUGGCAGAUUUGCCAAGGCUGCAGGAGAGGCCUCCAAGUACUCUUCGUUGAUUCACCCCCAACUGUUAGGGAGAGUUCUCAUCAUGAACGCUCCAAGGUACAUGAGGGUUGUCAUGAAUGCUUUUUCGUUCUUCAUGUCGAAGAACUUCGUGGAAAAGAUUGUGAUCUGCCCCUCUCAUCAAGGUUUGACGCCAUCGAUGACCGCCUCCACCUGCCCCUUCCUUAGGAGUGCAGCCGGGCCAGAUGCUUGGAAGCUCCUUCCAACCGAGCUUGGCGGGUUGGUGGAGUCGGAAGGUACCAAAUCAUCUUCUUCACAGUCGGACAUGGUCAAGAUCAAGGUGAAUGCGAGAAGCAAGGAGCAGCUGCAUAUCGAUAUUCCCUGCAACGGACUGAGAGCGGCAUGGGAGGUGAUGCGGUAUCCUUCUUGUGGCAUGCGGGAAGUGAAGGAGGAGGCGUUAGAGGGGGGCCCGCCUUUGUGUGUUAUGGAGAUGACGAAGCUCAAGGCUGAGAACGGGAGCGCUUCGGGAACGAUGGAGCUUCCAGUUCGCGGGGAACUUGUUGUCAGUUUUGACAACACGCACAGCAAACUUCGAUCAAAAUCGAUCGAUUACCGCAUCGAGGUUGACCCUGUGUUUGACGACGUCUUUUGA